UUCCGCCCUUCCGCAUUUACCUACGCCCAUUCAUCAGCAUAAAAUAAAUAAUGGUCAUCCGUAUUCCAACAUCGAAAUUAUUCUCAGCAAGGCGAACUUGACAUGCUAAUGAUAUUUCAUUGGACGUAGGCUCUCAAGUCAUGUUGAUCAUUUCCCAAAUGACUGCAGCUGCGCAUCAUGUCUUCCGUUAGUGACGUCUUGCGUAAACAUUAAAAUGACCGUGUUCGCUGCUUGAAUGACGCGGAGAUGAUGGGCCAUCGAGCUAGCAAGCACUACAAAUAGUGUAAGCUCUGAAAGCCAGACAGUGCUCUUCAUAUCAGUCAACUACUCAACAGAUAUUAACUCAAUCACAGCUCAUCAAUAUCAAUAUGCCUCAAUCAAACGUCGGAUACCCUUCUUCGUAUGAAGGCGGAGAUCAGCGCCACUAUAGCCGGGAGGAAGUUCGUGAGGAGGGUCGCACUCACCCCAACGUCAACCCUGAGGGCUACCUACACAAAGAGGGAAUCAUGAAUGAGCUUCAAGAGGCCGACACCAAUAGAAUAAUUGCAGACCGUAUGAAGCACGAACCAGGCUUCGCAGCCACCAUGCACGGCAAUAAGCCCUCUCGCGGAGCCGAAAUCGACGCUGAGCUCGCACGAGAAGAUGCAGAGCAGCUUGAAAAGAAGAAGGGCAAGACCGACAGCAUGCCUGGAAAGAAGAUGGAACAAAACACCAGCAAGAGCGAGUGGAAGCAGCAGAUGGAUCAGGAGGAGGAGGAGGCUCGCGCUAAGCAUAGCAGCCGUUGAACGAACAAUCAUGAAGGUCAGGGUAUGGGGUGUGUUACUCGUAAGACAAAUAGCAGUCAAGAGUAGAGCCCGGUGGAUCUCAAAGGAUUAAAUGAUAUAUGACAUGCUUCCAAAAAGUACACUCCAUCGAGUGAAAUAAACAGUCAACCGGCAACAUCAACGUGACUUGGAGAUCAAACCCGGGCGCAUGAGAUAGCCACUACGAUGUCGAUGUCGUGUAUCAUUCAGCUCGCG